UCAGCCAUUCUAGUCACCCCCUCACUUGUCUGACGCUGUUGUGAGUCUCUACUCUUUUUUUUCCCGAGAUGUCUAGCGAACCACCGGCAAGCGGCGGCGGAAGUGCCGGGUCGCAACGGUAUUUCUGCCACGAAUGCAACCGAACCGUGGUGAUCGAACCUUCUGCCUCCGGCGAGCUUGUUUGCCCCAUCUGUCAUGGUGGUUUCAUCGAAGAAUUUGACCUACCAAGCCCUGGUCCUACCCCCAGCCCUCCCAUUUUCUCUGUCAAUCCCUCCGCUGCUCCCUUCUAUCCCUCCGGCUCUCCAUCACCCUUUUUCCUUUCCCGCUCCACAAGUUUUGACCUUCGCAAUUCCAGCGACCUGUUCUCCCUUAUUGGCCCUGAAUCUGGCCUCUUCCGCUCACCCGUCGAUUCAGGCUACUUCUCCUCGUCAUCUACUGGAUCUGGCAGUGGCCAGUUCACUUCGUCAUCCGCCGGCCCUAACCCCUUUAACCCCUUCGAUUUUGUCCAAAGGUACAUUCAGACCCUUUUGAAUGACGGAGCCAAUAUCCAGAUCGUCCUCGAGGGUGGCGACCAUCUUAUCGGUAACCUCGGGGAUUACUUCAAUGGUCCGGGCCUUGAACAACUUAUCCAGCAGCUCGCUGAGAACGAUCCCAACCGGUACGGCACCCCGCCGGCGGCCAAGAAUGCCAUAGCAUCUCUUCCUGAUGUUAAGAUCGUACCAGACCAGCUUGAUUCAGAUGAGGCGCAGUGUGCCGUUUGCAAAGAGUCUUUUGAGACGGGGGAGGUGGCCAAGCAGCUUCCUUGCAAGCAUGUAUUCCACAAGGACUGCAUUUUGCCAUGGCUGGAACUCCACAACUCUUGUCCAGUUUGCCGGUACGAGCUCCCAACGGAUGAUCAGGACUAUGAGCAGCGAAAGAGUGAUAGGAACGAAGCGCCAACGUCGGCUGUGGAGAUGGAGAUCGCGAGUUCUGGUGGUUCGAGUGAGACACUUGCGGGAUCUGAGGAGCAGAAUGCCAAUGGGCAACGGUCAAACCCGGUGGAGCGGAGGUUUAGGAUAUCGCUACCAUGGCCAUUCAGGGGAUUAGGGUCUCAAGCUAAUGCCAACAGUGCAGGGGAUGCGCAAGGUAGUGCGAGUGGGAAUGAUGAAACUUCGGGCGGCCAAGGAGCUUCUGGGACGGAGAACAGGCCAUGAGACUUGGAUUAAGGAAUUUAAGGCAACGAGCCCAACUCUUUGUACUGAAUGCUUCGAAGAAAAGCAUAGGCAUAUAUACUUUUCAGUUGAUUCAGAACUGCUAUCAUUCUAGUAAUUAAAAUAUUUACAACAUAAAUGCGUUAUAUUCUGUACUUAAGAAUAAACUUCCAGUUUGUCUUUUGAUGUGCAAUUCCAGAUAUAGUCAUCAAGUAAGCACAAAAGCAUUACAAUGCCUUUCUAUCGUUUGUUGUGUUUUUUUUUUUCUGGCCUUUAUAAUGCUACCAGGCUAUUUAUUUCUGCAUAAGUGAAGAUUGAGAUGUUAUAUGUUAGAAUCAAGCAUUGGAUGUUGAAUUUUUUGUUUUAUUUUUUACAAAGGGAUAACUAUUUUUGUUC